UAUGACUACUUUCCAAACAUCUUCAUCUCUUUUCAGAUCUUUCUUUCUAACACUUUGUCUCUUCGCAAUCCCAUCACUUUCAGCUGAUUCGGAUCCUUUGCAAGACUUCUGCGUUGGCGAUCUCAAAGCUUCUCCAUCCAUCAAUGGAUUCCCUUGCAAAUCAGCCGUCUCUGCUUCUGAUUUCUUCUACUCCGGCUUAGGUGGUCCCUUAGACACCUCGAACCCUAACGGCGUAACCGUUGCUCCUGCCAACGUCCUAACCUUUCCAGCUCUAAACACUUUAGGACUCUCGAUGAACAACGUUGAGCUAGCUCCAGGUGGUGUGAAUCCACCUCACUCGCACCCGCGGGCAAGCGAAGUAGGAACCGUGAUCCAAGGCUCGGUUUUUGUGGGGUUCUUGACUACCAACAGCACUCUGUUCUCAAAGGUUGUGAAUGCGGGAGAGGCGUUUGUUAUCCCUAGAGGAUUGGUUCAUUUCCAAUGGAACGUUGGCCAAGUGAAAGCGCGUAUGAUAACCGCUUUUAACAGCCAGCUCCCAGGAGCCGUUGUUUUGCCUAAUACUCUGUUUGGCUCGAACCCUGAGAUUCCUAACGCAGUGUUGACCAGAGCGUUUAGGACUGAUGAUACAACUGUGCAAAACCUCAAGUCCAAGUUUUCUGGUUGAAUCUUGUAAUUUAUGUUUUCUGUAACGAUCCAAUAACCGUAUACGCUCUGUAAUAAAAGUCGGUAUGAAAAUUCGAUACUAUACAUUAUACAAUAAUAAGAUUGAUCUCUUUCUCUCUUUUUUAAA